CGGGAUUCCCGCUCGCUUUGUCAAAAGACGGGAAUUCCGCUGGCCUGUCCAAAUGUUGCACUCGCAUUCCCUAUUUCCUACUUUCCAAUACUAUGUCUGUGCUCUUGGAGACAUCGGCUGGCGACAUUGUGAUCGACUUGUUUACAGAACAAUGUCCCAAAACAACGCUUAAUUUCUUGAAACUGUGCAAGAUUAAAUACUAUAAUUUCUCGCCUUUCCAUAAUGUGCAAAAGGAUUUCAUGGCACAAACCGGCGAUCCUACAGGUAAAGGAGAUCAGGGCGAAUCGAUCUACGGCAUUCUCCACGGACCUGCGCAACGUUACUUUCCUGCCGAAAUCUCACCCAAGCUGAAGCACAAAUCUCGUGGCACCGUUUCCAUGGCUGUGGCACCGGAUGCGUCCAUUGAAAGUGGCGGCGUCAGUGGGAGUCAAUUUUUCAUUACGUUGGCCGAUGAUUUGGAUUAUUUGGACGGCAAAUAUACCAUUUUCGGUGAAGUGGCAGAAGGAUUCGAUACGUUGGACAAGAUCAACGACGCUUUCUGCGAUGAGCAGGGUCGUCCAUUUCGCGACAUUCGUAUCCGUCACACCAUUAUUCUCGACGAUCCAUUCCCUGAUCCCGAAGGAUUGCAAGUGCCUGACGCGUCUCCGCUACCGACCAAGGAACAGCUUGACUCCAUGCGUAUUGGUGAGGACGAAGAAAUCGAAGAACAAGGAGACCCCGAGGAGAUUGAGAGGAUUCAAAGAGCACGUGAAGCGAAAGCUCAAGCAUUAACGCUGGAAAUGAUUGGCGAUUUACCGUUUGCUGAAGUCAAACCGCCAGAGAACGUUCUCUUCGUUUGCAAGCUGAAUGCUGUCACCCGAGAUGAGGAUUUGGAAAUGAUUUUUUCCCGGUUUGGGCAAAUUAACAGCUGUGAAAUCAUCCGUGAUCGUCAAACCGGCGAUUCACUGUGUUAUGCUUUCAUUGAAUUUGAAAACAAGGAAGAUGCGGAAGAGGCUUACUUUAAGAUGCAAUCCGUUUUAAUUGACGAUCGUCGUAUUCACGUUGACUUUUCUCAGUCGGUAUCAAAAUUACACAAAGAUUGGAUUUCCAAGCGUAUGCAAGCCGCCGGCGAAUCUAUGGGCGGCUUUGAAGGUUUGCAACGACGUACACGAUACAAAGAAGAGAGUGAGAAUACACGUGGUGAAGGGUAUGAGAUGGUGUUUGAAACAAAAGAGAAAGAGAAACGAUCCCAUCGUUCGAGUCACCGACCACGGGAUGAAUCGCGAUCAGAUCAUCGCCGAUCACACAGUUCCGACCGCAAGAGAAGUCGACGAGACGACGAUGAAAGCCCUCAUCGACGAAGAGACCGUCGAUAUGAUGAUCGAUCUGAUCGUAAAAGAGAUCGUCGCGAUAGUCGUAGCCCAGAUAGACGAAGAGAUUACAGAUCGGAUCGACGAAGAGAUCGACGAUAACCAUAAAAAUGAUAAAUAUAUUUAUGAGCAUCAAAAAUUUCGAAAACCGUGUCAAUACAUAGGUGGCAUCUUGUCCCGUGAAAAGAAA